AUGAUGGCCGCGACUACGUCUAGCAGUGCCGCGGCGGGCGCUACGGCCACGUCUUCGAUCGGGACCUCUUCGCCGGCGGAGAUUGGUUCCUCGGCGUCGUCGUCGUCUGCAUCGGCUUCCCUCUCUGACGAGCUGGCGCCGGUGACGAGCAUGGACGCGGGAUCCUUCCACGUGGUGGUGAUAAUCAGGGAUAGCACGGUGAACGUGGUGAAGGACUGGGGGGCGAAUGGCAAAGGCCAGAUAUUUGGCGUCGAAAGCCGCUCGGUCGAGAGGAUGCAACGGACGGGAAGGAGAGAUGUCAAUUUCCUGCCAAUCUCCGACUCUUCCAUUGGAGAGAGCAAUGUCUCCCUCCACAAGGAGAAAUAA